AUGCAUUUCACCAAGACCCUCCUCUCCCUCCUCCCUACCUCCCUCACCCUCGCGAGCCCAACACCUCGCUCCGCCGGCUCCAAGUCCAUGAGGGCCGACGAGCCUGAAUGGAUCAUCGAAUCUCUUAAGCGCGCCUGCAACGACGCUGAUUCUCAGUGCGAUUGGUCCUUCCGCAUCAACACCCAGGCCGCCGAUGCCACAGAGUGUGUCUACUCCGUCCAGGGCAGUCCGGCCUCCCACACCAACGGAGCCCUCGACCGCUGCGGCGUCUUUUCCAUCCAAUCUGGGUACAGCGACGUGUUUGGGGAAGACAACACAUUCUCCACCUUGUCCAUUUCCGACGACGCCCGGGAACUCAUCAUCUGGGCUUCGUACUCCGAGAAGCUGCUCGCGGGCGGCCAGGUCGUCUCGCCAGAUCAGAGCUACUCCCCAAUAUUUAUAGGUAUCCCUUAA